CCAUCUAAUCAUACCACCAGGGAGUAAAGGUUAGGAUGUUGUUGUGGUGCUUGAACCUGGAAGCAUGCUCCACCGGGACCUGGGUUCGGUCGAGCAACAACUAGUCCGCUAAUGACGCCAGUCGCCGGCUGCUGUUCGGAGGCUAGCAAAAGGGCGAGAGGGUUUGCUAGUACGUACAGAGCGUGCGCGAGUAAGUGGCUGGGAGCCCGCCGUUGUCAAGAGAGAAGUUGCGAGGGGCAGAGGAUCAUGGCGCUAGAACUUGUCGAUGCGCAGGGAGUUCGCCGAAGGGCGUUAAAGAGCACCGAAGCCUUGGCGAGUUUCCUCCAUACUCCGAAAUUUGUCGUCGUGCCGUUACAGCGUGGGUCGACGUCACUGCGGUCUCGUUGCCGCGUGAGGUCACGAGUCAUCUGAAGAUCAUCCUGGUACCUGGAAUCUCAAGUCCCAGGUCAAGAACAGGUACCGCAGGAUGAGGCGCAUGGAGGAUGCUGUGGCGAGUUCGCGAGAGGUCUAGGUCGUCGUCUCCCAGUCAACUUUGGGUUGCUGGACCGUUGUCUCUGAAAGGGAAAUGUGCCCUUGGGCCAUUUCUAAGUAUUUUGGUGAUUUAGUGUCCAACACAAGUGCCUAAGUGUAAAAGGUGGACAAAGUACAAAUCAAGAAUAAAGGUAUGUUUCUCAGACUUAGUACAUUGUUUUGUGGACUAAUGUAUUGUGUCUAAGUGCUGGAAACAGGAAAAAUCCAAUUGAAAAUGUCUUGGCUCGAGCAGCCAAGACUUUGCUCAGUCUGGAGCACCGGACUGUCCGGUGGUGCACCGGACAGUGUCCGGUGCGCCAGGCUGGCUCGAGCAAACUGGCCGCUCUCGGGAAUUCACCGGAGACGUACGGCUAUAAUUCACCGGACUGUCCGGUGUGCACCGGACUGUCCGGUGAGCCAACGGUCGGUCGGGCCAACGGUCGGCCGCGCGAUCUGCGUGGGACACGUGGCCGAGCCAACGGCUAGAAGGAGGCACCGGACUGUCCGGUGUGCACCGGACAUGUCCGGUGCGCCAACGGCUCUCUGGCUGCCAACGGUCGACUGUGCCAUUUAUGGAAAGAAAUCGGGCACCGGACAUGUCCGGUGUGCACCGGACUGUCCGGUGCGCCAGUCGACAGAAGGCAAGAUCAGCCUUCCUAGAUUGCUCUCAAUGGCUCCUAGCUUCCUUGGGGCUAUAAAAGGGACCCCUAGGCGCAUGGAGGAGCAUACCAAGCAUUCCUACAACAUUCCUAAGCACCAAGAUAUCGAUUCCGCGCCUUUGAUUCUUUGCGAUAGCAAUUGGAGCUCUAGUUGAGUGGUGAACUCAUUGAGUUGUAUUGUGAGCUCUCGUUGUGACUUGUGUGCGUGGUGUUGCUGUGAUUUCUUGAGUGCGUUGCUAAUCCCUCCCUUGCUCCGUGUUUCUUUGUGAUCUUAAAGUGUAAGGGCGAGAGGCUCCAAGUUGUGGAGAUUCCUCGCAAACAGGAUUGAGAAAAAGCAAGCAAAACACCAUGGUAUUCAAGUGGGUCUUUGGACCGCUUGAGAGGGGUUGAUUGCAACCCUCGUCCGUUGGGACGCCACAACAUGGAGUAGGCAAGCGUUGGUCUUGGCCGAACCACGGGAUAACCACCGUGUCAUCUC